CGGGGGCGGGGCCGGAAGCUUUAAAGGGACCGCGGGCGGUGACCCGGGAGCCAGAAUUAUCGGGGGCGCCGGCGGCGGCGGCAGCGGCAGCGGCAGCGGCGGCGGCGACGUCGGCCACCGGGGCGGCACCAUGUCCCUGUCGGCCGGGGGCCGCGGCCUGGGGGCCGUGUGGUCCCCGACGCACGUGCAGGUGACGGUGCUGCAGGCCCGGGGUCUGCGGGCCAAGGGCCCCGGCGGCACCAGCGACGCGUACGCGCUGAUCCAGGUGGGCAAGGAGAAGUACGCGACGUCGGUGUCGGAGCGCAGCCUGGGCGCGCCGGUGUGGCGGGAGGAGGCCACCUUCGAGCUGCCGCCGCUGGGGCUGCCCGCCGGACCCGGCCACGCCGCCACCUUGCAGCUCACCGUGCUGCACCGCGCCCUGCUCGGCCUCGACAAGUUCCUCGGCCGCGCCGAGGUGGACCUCCGCGAGCUGCACCGAGACCGGGGCCGACGGAAAACCCAGUGGUAUACUCUGAAAUCAAAACCAGGGAAGAAGGAGAAAGAGAGAGGGGAGAUAGAAGUGGACAUCCAGUUUAUGAGAAACAACAUGACUGCCAGCAUGUUUGACCUGUCUGUGAAGGAUAAAUCCCGUAAUCCAUUUGGGAAACUGAAAGACAAAAUCAAAGGGAAGCGGCAGGAGGAACCUUCUGACACUGCCUCAGCCAUCAUCCCCAGCACCAUGCACACAAUAGAGAGUGAUGAUGAUUCUCCCACAAAAGACAAGAAGAAGAAAUCAAAGAUUAAAACCUUAUUUUCUAGGUCUGGUUUGCAGAAAACUGCCCUUUCCCAGUCCAUGUCUGUCCUUCCCACAGCUAAGCCUGAGAAAUUGACGCUCCGCCCGGGAGACUUCCAAUCCCAAUGGGAAGAUGAUGUGGAGGAUGAAUCUUCUUCCCCCUCUGACAGCAUGUCUCACCGGAGAACAGCAAGUGCAGAUCUCAAGCAGCUAAGUCAGAUAAACUUUACUCUUCCUAAGAAAGAAGGAUUGUCCUUUUUUGGUGGCCUUCGAUCUAAGAAUGAUCAACUUUCCCGAUCUAAUGUGUGUAUCAAUGGAAAUCACAUUUAUCUAGAACAGCCGGAGCCCAAAAAUGAGUCUGUGACAAAGGACAGCACUCCAUCUUCCUCCCCAUCUCCUCAAGGCUUUAGGAAAAAGCAUUUAUUUUCAUCUACAGAAAAUUUGUCUUCCAGACCUUCUAAGGAAUGGGGGGAGACAGGGAGGAUCUCUCCAGACCGGCGACUGUCUGGGUCUUUCGCAAAAGAUUCUUUUAAAUCUUUGACUUUGCCAUCUUACAAAUCAGUUGUUAGUGGAGAUGUGAACGUGGCUCUUGUGAAUACAGAAACUGAGAAAGAAAGUAAGGAGAACAAAAAGCAGGAGAGCAAGAAGUCCUCUUUGCUCUCUCUGGUCACAGGAAAAAAAGAUUCUCUGAAGAACAAUGAGACUGAGAGCAGCAUUCCUGGUGUCUUGGUGAAGGAGAAAGAAAUCACGCCUGUGGAAGCCAUGGCAAAGGAGAGAGAGGAAGGACUUGUUGAAAUUCCAGUGAAAGCUCUCAAUGAGAAGCCCGAAGACUUCUCGUCCUCUGUCUCUAGACAGAGCAAAUCUCCAAGCCCUACUGAGGAGGUGACCAGGAUGCAGUCUGGAGCAGAGCCUGGGCCUGAGCUUGAGUCUAAGCCCAGGCCACCUGCCCUUUCUGUAAGGGGGCCCCAAACCAAAGCUGUCAAGCCCAGACUGGGAGUGACUCCAGAGGCUCCAUCCAAAGCAAAGCUUCCCCCUUCUCUUUGUGAUUCUUCUUUUUUCUUUUCCACCUCCACCUCUGGUUCUAGUCUUGAUUCCUUACAUUCUAACCUGGGGCAAAAAUCAGAGACAGAAUCUUCUAAUCUUUCUGUCCUUUCCUCUUUCUCACCUCCCACCAUAGAUCCAGUUUCAACCUCUAUUCCAAUUGAAAACUGGCCUUUUUCUCAGGAGAGCCAGACCAGUUCCGAACCUUCUUUCCUUCUAGCAGUGAAAUCUCAAAAAGAAGGUUUAAUUCAAGUUUCAAAUGCUUCAUCUGGUUCCCCAGAAUCACUUGAUAAGUGUUCUCCAUUGUAUGAAAGAAAUGGAGUCUCCAGAGAAGAGAUCGGGGAGAUAGAUGUAGGGAAGAGUAGGGGGAGCAGGGAAUCCUCAAGACCCUCCCUGGAACUAAUGGAAAUUGCAAAUGAUAAGCAUCUCACAAAAGAACAAAAAGAAGAAAAGGUCCCUACAUUUCCCCAAGUAAGUAGCCCAGAAUAUCUCCCUCCAGCUAAAGACUCCCAACAAAAUAGUACUCUCAUUCAAGACAGAAGUGAUAGUGGAAAACUUUGGAAGGAAGGAAGUAAAGAACUUGCAUCUUCAUGUGGGUCAUCUUUGGAAGACCAAGUCAGUGAAGAUGGAAUUGUUUCUGCUAAUGAGGGAGCCGAGUUACCUCAUAAGAUGGAAGAUUUGGACAUACCACUUGACUCUAUAGUUGGAAAAAGCACCUUAACUGGUGUCUGUGAGAGAGGGGGCUGUAAGAAGAUCAAGAAGCGUGUGUCCUUUUCUGAAGAGCUAUUUUCAGAAGAGGAGGUAGAAAAGCCCAUUUGUUUUAUGGAAAAGGAGAAAAACAAACCUUUAGAGCUGAAGUCUAAUGAUACAGGAUCAGAGAAUGUUAAGAAAAUGAUGACAACUGAACCCGAAAGUCUUUCUUUACCACUAAAAUCAGGAGCAACAGUUGUUUUUGGACUCUCUCAUGAUGAACCAGCUUCCAUGACUGGCAUCUUUGUUCCACUUGUUGGCAGUGUGUUGAUGUCUGAAUCUCAGGAGAAGCAUUCUUCAGGACAACUGGUGAGGGAAUCUGGCUCAGAAAAGGCCAUUCCAUCAUUCAGCAUUGAACGAUAUGAAAAUUAUAGUGAGAAUUAUCAGAGCAAAGCUAGCGAUCACGAAGGCCUGCUGUCCGACCCUCUGAAAAGUCUUGACUCAGUUUCAGAACUCAGAUCUCCAGUUAUGGGGGAUCUGAACCUGACACUUCCCUCUAUUCCAGAAGUAACAUCAGAUGAUGAGAGGGUGGAACAGUUGGAAGAUAUCAGAAUGACUCCAACCACAAAGAAUGACAUGGACACAGAAACACCAUUUUUUGGCUCAUUGGCUGACUCUUCUGAGGUGGAAAACCAGAGUCUGUCGGUGGGACUGAGCCCUGAGGUAGCCACCUUGUUGCAAGAGGAGGAAAAUGCCCUCCAAGUGCAAAAACCUGAAGCUUUGGUUAGUUCCGCUCCAUUGUCUUCAAGGCAGAGCAUAGUAGUGGGCAUUUGCAAACUACUCCAUGGGGAAGAAGGUGUAGGUGUAGAUACAGACAUCCCCAGCCCUGUGAGUUUGGAGAAGCAAGAAAGGAGGGAGGAGGAAAAGUACACUGAGGAAAGUAGCAGUCCCAGAUCAUCUUUCCAGGGCUCUCCUGUUUUGGGUCACUCCCUUUCUGAGAACUUUAAUGCAACACACUCUCUUCCUGGCUCUCUACACUCUAACACUUAUCACACAAAUAGAGCAGAAUCUCCCCAAAAAACAACAGCAGAGAGCUUGGCUGCUAAAGUUGAAAAUUCUGACAAGAAGAAGCAGCUUCUCCGGGCGUGGGUUUCGCCCUCAGAGCCACAUCCAUUCCCUGCUCAGCCAACUAGUGGAAGCACUGUGUCUGCCAAGCACAGAACUCAUCCUGUGAAACCAAUGAAUACAACAGCAACAAAGACCCUUCCCACUAGUUUGGGUACUGCUACCAUCAUCAAUGAGAACUUGCUUAAUGAGGCCAUUAUAAAGAAAUACAAGCCAUCUGAUCCUGAAUUCGCUUAUACUCAGUUAACCCACGACGAGCUAAUCCAGCUGGUUCUAAAACAGAAGGAAACUAUAAACAAGAAGGAGUUCCAGGUGCGUGAGCUGGAGGACUACAUAGACAACUUGCUUGUCAGAGUCAUGGAAGAGACCCCCAAUAUCCUCCGCUGUCCAGCACAAUUAAAGAAUAAAGCAGGGAAGAUGUGAGUCGUGACAAUAAAGGAAUGAAAUUAUUUUUUUUGAGUUUUAUACCUCUCUUUGAGGUCGUGGACUUUCUGUGUUGACACCUGGCAAGUAGGAUUGGAAUAUGAAUCGCCAACUCACUGCCUCAUAAGUACUCUGGCAAAAGAGUCUAUCCACCAACUGAAGGCAGGCUAAUUAUGACAGGGAAUCUCUUAAUAUAUAUUUCCAUAAUUUUAUUCAAGAUGUUUUCCCUUUAAGUUCAUCAUAAAAUAUUUUAUUCAUACUAUGGGCAUAGUUAUAAGAUUGAUCAGAAGGCACAGAAAUCAUUCAUGCAUUUUUACUUCUAGGGUUUUCUAACUUUGAUGUUUGGAUUUUUUUCGUACCUUUCAAAGACUGUGUCUGUGAGCCUUUACAACAAAGGAUAGACUCAUUUUCUUGAUGCUUAUUAGCUUGAGUGUAGCUUUCCUGGCCUUAGAUGCUAAAUUUUGAUACUUUUAUAUUUUUUGAUAUUGAUUCUUAGAUUUAACUCUAGUUUUUCAUUUACCCUUGGCAGGAACAUUUAGGGACUACUUUUUAAAAGUGCCUGGAGAUUUCCUAAAUGAACACAAACUCCUGGUUUCAUAUAUUGUGCUUUGGCUAGGCCUGUGUGAUCUUUUUACUGCAGGCCAUGAAAUUAAGAGAUAAAAUGGGGAAAGCUGAUAAUGCAGCUGUCAUUUACCAUCUUGCAUAUGGUCAGGGAGACUGUGAGAAUUACUGGUAUCUUGAUACCAGUUUCCCCCUGGGCAGGAAAAUUAUAGAAUUAUAGAAAGGAAAUUUGAGACGGGUUAAACCUUAAGGAGACAAUGGCAGGUUAAUUCCAACCUAAAAGUCAUAUUAACUAUUAAGAACUGGGUUUAAAAUCUAGGACUUAGUUCAAAGUUCAGCAUUCUUUCCAUAACCUCACCUUGCAUAUUAGGAAUAUAUUAGGAAUGUAUCAGUUUGGUAUAUUUAUAAAAAAUUGAUUGUAGCAGUUCUGGGCAGGUCUCAGGGGCUUUUAAAUAAACCAGUAGGAGAAUGGAAUAUAGGAUAUGCAGGAAUAUCUGCAUAGCCUAUACAUCUUUUGUAAGGAUGUUUUCCAUGUGCUUCCUUUAAGUCACAAGUGACUGCACUUAAAUCUCCAAUUUCUUCAGUCUUAAGAGAACAGACUUUCGAUGGAGCAUGCCAUCCUAAGAUAUGGGAAACACAGAGAAGUAUGAGGGGCUCUAGAGUAAGAGUGCUUUUUUGGAUCCACUUGAAGUGAAUCUGGCUCAUUUCUAAGAAACUGAGGAAGUUACAGCCUUAACAUAUUUAGUAAUAAUUUUCCAAAAUUAGGAGAAAUCAGAAAUGACCCAGAUUGUUAAUGCAACAUAAUCUAUCCAUGUACUUUAGUUUCCUGCUGCUGCUUUCUCUUGGUUCCAUACCAAGGGAAUAAAGAGGGGAGAAAAGUACAACAGUAAUCCUGGUAGGAAUUGGGAAAAGCAAGAAGACGGCAUACAUUUCUGCAUUUGCAUUAAUUUUCUUAUUUAAAAAAAUAUAUUUUUUAUAGCUCAUUCACAAAACUAGGUUAUUUGUGCUCUUGUGAAUAUGUUAGUCGAUGCCAUUGGGAUGCUUCUGUAUUGCACACCUCAUCUCUAAGUUGUUUGUGUGUUGAGAUAGAGACUGUGAACAUGCUUGACUUGUAGUUAAAGGAUAUUCAUUUGGGAAUAGAUUUGAGGGUAAAGUUGCUCCCAUUUCAAAUUUCAAAAAGUAAAUAGUGCUUUGCUUGGUGGACAAGAAGAAAAUCUUUUUUUUUUUUUUUUUUUUAAGGAUUGCUUUUGCUACAGUAUUUGUUAUUUCAGAGCACUUUAAUCUAAAGGGUGUACUAUACUCCAUUUAUCUAAAUGGCUUUUUUUUUUAGGGAUGAGUAGGUUUACUUAAAACUUAUAUUUAAUGUUCUACAACAUCAGAGACUACUGGAAGCUUUUUUUUUUUUUUUCAGAUAACUUGUAUUUUGUAGUGAUGCAGAAUAUUUACACAUAUACAUACACACCUCUAUCUUCUCUUGAAUUAUGAAAAUGUAUAUGUAUAUAUUUGUGCUUAUUUUAUUUCUUUAUAUAAAACUUGUUUUUUACUGUGAUGACCCAAGUAUUCUGGAAGACUUGGGAAACAGGUUUGUUUUGCAGAGUUUCUCUUUUUUUUUUUUAAGAAGAGGCUGGUGUGAAGAUGUGCAGUACCCCUCAUGAUAGAUGAUCAGUUUGAUAAUCUUUCUUGCUAGGACCUCAGGUAUGUAACAACAAUUGGUAUUUGAGUGGGACAACUUCAGAUGAGGGAAAGGGACCUGAGUGCUCUUUGGAGACCGAGAACAAAAGAGGCAUCUUUGGUUCAAAUGCCUCCAACUCCCCAAGACUGCUGGGGAAAACUCAUUCUGCAGCAAUACCUCAAUAAGCAGCCUUUUGGAGAUCAUCCUACUAGAUCUCCUGAGAAUCUCCUCUAAUUUAAUUUAUGUGCUGAAAAGCCUUAACUGUUUUUUGAGCCAUUAGCAUAGUUUGGCAAAUUUAUAAAAAACUGAUUGUAGCAGUUCUGGGCAGGUCUCGGGCUUUUAAAUAAACCAGUAGGAGAAUGGAGACUUGCUUCCAAGCUGUGUUUUUAAAACCUAAUUGGUAUCUAGACAGAGAUGUGUCCUACAUAUCUCCAUGGCAGGAGAUGCUGUGUUUGACAGUGCCCUGUCAAACCUUCUGAAAGGAAUCAGUGCCUUAGCAAGCACCAAAUUUAUUUAGAGUCAGACUCCUAUGGUGUCAAACCUCUACCCAGAAAAUUUCUUAUAUCCUGUGGUACCUUAGAAACUGGGCUUUCUCCUUUUGUUUACUUUUGGGGGGGGGAGGCAUGCCUUUCAGGACACAGAAGGGUGGAAGAGAAAAAAAUAUACUUCCCAGGCUGAUGGUAAAAGAGAGAAUUUCUUUUACAUACAUAAAACACACACACACACACACAUACACACACAAUGACUGUAUAUAAAGACAGAAAACAAGAAAGGGAGGGAAAGAAGGAAGAGAGAGAAAGAAAAAAGAAAGCCUCAAGAAUUGGGACUGUCCCUAAAUUCCGGAAGUGUGAAGGAAGGUCGUUGAUGCUUCUUAGCCAGUAUUAAGAUGCAUGUUAAAGGUAUGGAGAAUCUGAUGCACUUUCUCAGUUACUGAUUAAGUCAGUGCUGCCUCCAGAGCUGAAGGAUUCCUGACAUUGAACUGAGAAGCUAAUCUAGAUCAUGGGGAAUUUAUUACCAAACCUCACUUUGAGCAUGUUUCUCAUAGUCUGCUGUAGAAGAUGUUUGUGAAAUAAAAAUAAAAUGUCCUGGUGUCCUUCAAUUCUAUAAUGUUUGUAUUUGAUCUUUCCUACAUUGUUACUUUGGGACCUUUGGAUUUCUUUAAUUUUGUUUUUUAAAGAAGUGAACUCCAAUCUCUGAGAACACUAAAUAAAUAUAUCCUGUUCUAA